GAGUGACGCGGAUAUGAAAGCUAGUUUAUCCCUCUUUGCUUCGCUAUGAAAAAUAUUUGGACAAACAGACUGACGACUAGUAGGCCAAGUUAAUUAGCCAAUUAUGAUGCAGCUUUACAUUAUUUGUUAAAGGAACCAAAACCCGAGUGCGCAGUGUUUACGACUGAUUUAUCACCUCGGGAUUAUUCUCGCCAGGGCCGUCCUCCCGAGCUGUUGGGAUAACUUUGGAGAAGUUCUUUGUAUUCGGUAUAGUCACACAGCUUGGCCAACAAGCUGAACAUGGACUGGGGCACAGAGCUUUGGGACCAAUAUGACAUCAUUGAGAAGCACACACAGUCUGGCCUGGAGCUGGUAGAGAAGUAUGUGAAAUUUGUGAAGGAGAGGACAGAGAUUGAGCAAAACUAUGCCAAACAAUUGAGGAACCUUUCAAAGAAAUAUAGUCUAAAACGGAGUGGCAAAGAUGAACCAGAGUGCAGGUUAUCCAGCUACCAGUCAUUUUUGGACAUCCUGAAUGAGAUGAACGACUACGCGGGGCAGAGAGAGCUAAUUGCUGAGAACAUGAUGAUGAGCAUUUGCAUCGAUCUCACCAAGUACCUGCAAGAGCUCAAGCAGGAACGAAAGACGUAUCUGAUGGAGGCCAAGAAGGCCCAGCAGAGUUUGGAGAGCACCUACAAGCAGCUCGACAGUAGUAAAAAACGUUUUGAGAGGGAAUGGCGAGAAGCAGAGCGUGCAGCACAGUACGCCGAGAAGACUGAUCAAGACAUCAAUGCCACAAAGGCGGACGUUGAAAAAGCCAAACAGCAGGCUCAUAUGAGAGCACACGUAGCAGAGGAGUGUAAGAAUGACUACGCGGCUCAGCUCCAGAAAUACAACAAGGAGCAGAACCAGUUCUAUUUUAAUGAUAUGCCACUCAUCUUCAAUAAAUUGCAGGACUUGGAUGAGAAGCGAGUUCGGAAGUUGGCGCAGGGCUACAUUUUGUUCUCAGACACAGAGAAGCAUGUGAUGCCUAUCAUUGGCAAGUGCCUUGAAGGCAUUACUAAAGCCGGCACUAAUGUUAAUGAGAGAAAUGACUCCAUGGUUGUAAUAGAGCAGAACAAGUCAGGCUUUGAGCGUCCUGGAGAUGUGGAGUUUGAGGACUACAGUCAGGGCAUCAACAGAGCCUCCUCUGACAGUAGCCUGGGAACACCUAAAGGCCCCAUGGAACUUCUGGGAAAGAACAGGAGCAAAAACUUUUGGCUUUUCAGCAAAAGGAGUAAGCUCUCUCCCUCCACGCUUCCACCUUUCUCCACACCCCCCGCCCCCUCGCCCGCUAACGGACCCCCUUCCCCCAAGUUUGGCCGGGACCCCCUGUCGUACUGUUUGAAGGAGAUCAAUAAGACAGUCAAACCCAGAAUCUCUUCCUUCCGGACGCUCAGGAGAUCGAAGUUUACACCAGAGAGGAUCACGCCUACAGUGACAGAAGACUUCGCUCAUCUCCCUCCAGAGCAGCGCAGGAAGAGGUUACAACAGAAGCUAGAGGAAAUUUGCAAAGAGUUGCAAAAGGAAGUCGAUCAGAGUGAGGCCCUGGGGAAGAUGAAAGAUGUUUAUGAGAAAAAUCCUCAAAUGGGAGACCCUGCUAGUUUGGCAUCCCAAAUCAGCCAGACAUCCCAGAAUAUAGAACGGCUCAGGGGAGAGCUCAACAAGUAUGAGACUUGGCUGGCUGAAGCAGGAGGUCGAGGCGACACUUUGCGCUAUAAAGCUCAUUCAUUCAACAACAACGGAGCUCAUGACGUACACAGCCCUGAUGGAGCUCACUCUGAUGAAAGCACUCCUGAUCCCUCCCAAGCCAUCUACGCCGAAUUUGACGAUGACUUUGAAGAUGAGGAACUAACUGCUCCUAUUGGGAAAUGCACAGCUAUGUACAACUUCCCUGGUGCCAGUGAAGGGACCAUCUCUAUGCAGGAGGGGGAGGUGCUGGCCGUGGUAGAGGAAGACAAAGGGGAUGGUUGGACCCGUGUCCGUAGGAACAAUGGGGAUGAAGGCUACAUACCUACAUCUUAUGUCACCAUCGCCCUAAACAAAUGACAGACACAUGAAGAACAAGAGAAGAAUUGAUCACUUCACAAAACUGUAUGCAGUUCUUCCCAUGGGACCAGUCAUAAAGAGGCCACAGCAUUAUGGGCGGGACCGCUGGCGUAUCCAGAGGGGGGUCCAAAUGAGGUGCUUUAAUAUCUGAAGAGAGGUGCCCCACACGGGCAGAGGAACGAUGCUAACAGGAUGUUCCUCAUGGCUUACAAUUCCAGCCUGAGUUAUUGUAAUCCCAAUUACCUAAACCACCUGAACCACAAGGAUAUUUCACUUUUUGAUAUCAUGUCAAUAAUUUUUUGGUUGUGGUUAAUAAGUGUUGCAUGGAUCUUAGGCACCAUCAUGAUUCGAGUGCUUGCCUCGUUCCAUAGCCUAAGAAGGCAUUAGCUUCUGAAUGUGAGAGGAAGAUGAAGAAAAGGAGGAGGAGGAAGAGUGCUGCUGCCAUCUUUACACUGAGUGUUAGUUACCAGUAAUACUUAGGAGGAAGUGACCUCACCUGUUUACUUUUUUCAGUUAAAUACUGACUACUCUGACCCACGGUAGUUAACUCCACAGAUGAACCUAAAAUAUAUGAUCUGUUGCGGUUCUUAUUUCUCUCAAACGUGCCACUUUCUAGCUAUAAUAGCACCUGCGAAGAUGUGUGGCACUAUCACUCUGCUUUUGCUUGGAGCGAAGAUCUUGAGUGGCUUCCAGGGAAUUAGUGCAGUUUGGAGGAGAAUGCUUCAUUUUUGGUUUUCAGCUAUUUGUGAGACCCUGUCACAUGCACACAACCAUACAAACACUUUAAUGUUCAGACAAUCACAGCCAUAUCAUCGCUAAGUUCAUUUCAACCUAUAGCAGUAACAAGGAUAUAGCUGUCCUCUUCCAAUAGUUACAACCUGAAAAAUGUACUAAAAAUAAUUUAUUACAAAUGUGUAUGUUAAACGUUUGACAGAAGUUGUACUUUGUAUUAAGGAUGUUGUCACAUUUUUCUUUUACCCUUGCACACACAGUGGACCAUUUGUAGCCACAAAAGGGAGUAAAUAAAUGCACACAUAAAAUGUGCUACAUUAAGACUAUUGUAUUUAUGUAUAAAUAAUAUAUGUUUUAGCUAUCACAACACCACUAUUGUCUUAUUAGCUUUUUAGCCAUUCAAAUAAAGAUUGUUACAUCAUGACAAGAAAUUAAAAGACUCUAAUUAUGUUAAUAUUUUAUUUUGAUUUUCACUUCACACAUUCUCAAGUUGAUCCAUGAGCUGUUUUUAUCUGGUUUUGGAGCCAGCAGAAAGCAUUACUCUUCAAGUAACUGCUCAUGUGCCUUUCUGGUUAAAAGCAUUGUGUAUAUACCAUUUUUGCAUACAAGACAUUUUCUUUUUUCAAGACUUAAUAAAUGUAAAGCACAUUUCAAAGUUAGAAGUGGUUAUGUCAUUUCUUGUACUUGGAAAAUAAAUAUUUGAAGCAAA